AUGUCAGCUCUUGAAGCUGGCUAUGCAAAAGGCGGCAACCUCCCCCGAUAUGCGACGCGGUUUGGUACCCUUUCGGAACAGGAGAUCGAUGUCAGUGGCGUACGGAAGGUUGUUCUAGUGCCAAAUUACACCUAUGCGACAACUGCAGCCCAAGAUGCGUACGCGGAUUGGUUUGUGAGGUGGUGUCACCUUCAAGAGGAAGCCUCGAAUUAUGCCGUCGAGGAAUCCCCGGAUGAAGUGGCUCCUCUCCUCGAUCUCAGAUCUCCAAAGGCACCACGGUAUUUGGCUGAGGCUGUGACUUCUUCUUCACAGGGUCCUUCGGAUGGAAUGGCUCCGCUCAUUGACCUUGGUUCUCUGGAAGCGCAACAGGAUGUGGAUGACCUUGCGAGCUCUCCACGGCCACUUCUAGCUGAAUGA